AUGGUUCCGCCUUCUCCGUCCUCCUCUCCCUCCGGGUCGGCUGAGCGUCUGGCUGAGGAGCUGACCCCGGUGCUCGAGCACCUCCAGAACCUCUGUGCGGAAGACACUCUGGCCCUCACGCAAGCUCUCACGGCCACCGAAUCCCUCUUACGGCUCCGACAUACGUUUAUCGACAAUGUCCGCCCCCGAGCUGCCAAAGAUGCAUUUCGGCAUCUUCGUGGCUUCGAGACCUUGUUGGACCUGGCCGAUCAGCUAGCGGAGCGGUAUGACCAGGACGCCUUAGCUCAGGAACAGCGAAAAGAUCUGCUAGGCGUGUACAAAGACCUUCUGGCGGUCAUGGCAGAGGGUUUGAAGGACCACUCGGGCAACAGGCGAUAUUUUGCCCGCCGGAUACCGGGAGGAGGGACAGCUGCACUGCAGCGAACUCUGGCCGUGCUUGUCCAGAAAAUGGACAAGGCCGGGAGCGACGCACGGCAACUCUAUGGAGCCAUCCUUGCGGCUGCUCUGUGCCAAGAGACUGUUUCUGGUAUUUUUGUAACGUUGGACACCAAGCUUCUCCAGAGUAACCAUUCCCCAACUCCGGAAGAGGUCCAGGAUGCCGUGAGACAAUGCCUGGGGCCUGCAGAGACCGUGGAGGUCCCCGAGAUCCUGGGACCAUUCCUCCGCGUGUGGGUGAUGCACUCAUCCGCCUCAUCAGACCACAAUAUGCAACACCUGGCGGUUCCUGCCUGUCUGUGCCACUUGGCCUCCCAAUCCCAACGGAAUAUCGUAGCCCUACAUGCCACCGGGAUGCUAACGUCAAUCCUUCCGCUCAUGUUUGAUGACAACCGAUCUGACACCGAGAAGGCACUCUAUCAAGAGCUUGCUCGGUUUCUCAGCGUCCAGGGCAUGUGUAGCUUGGACGAUGCUGUCACACUAUACCGCCGCGCCCAUGAAAGCCCCCAAGCUUUGAAGUUCCUUCUGGCUGCCCUCAAAGCUUCUAAAGAGCCUCCCUCAAUCCAGUUCGACCUGUCGCUGCAUGGAUACUGCUCAGUGGAAUUCGCGACUCUCGGCCGUUCCUUUCCUCCGUCUUCCUCAUCUGGCUACACAUUGACUGCCUGGGCUCGUUUCGAUGAGUUCGAUCCUAAGACGCAUACCACCCUUUUUGGGGCCUUUGAUCCAACCCAAACGUGUUUUCUUCUAGCAUAUUUGGAGAAGGAUACCCGCAACUUCAUUCUCCAAUCGUCAAUCCGCAGCUCGCGGCCCAGUGUCCGGUUCAAGUCGGCCUCGUUCGAGCCCAACCGUUGGUAUCAUAUCUGUGUGGUGCACCGAAGACCAAAGCCGGCGGGGUCUUCCCGCGCAUCUCUUUUCAUAGACGGCGAGUUCGUUGAGCAGUUGAAGAUCGAAUACCCCACAGCUCCGGCGGUUCAAAGCCAACACAGAGCACCGCGGAUCCAGGCUUUUUUCGGCACGCCACAGGAUCUGGCCAUGCGUCUUGGCAAGGGAGUAUCGACGUCUCGAUGGUCUCUGGCAAAUGGGAUUUUGUUCGAUGAAGCAUACAGCGACGAUAUGGUUGCCGUGUUCUACAAUCUGGGGCCCCGCUAUUAUGGCAAUUUUCAAGAUUGUUUGGGCUCUUUCCAGACGUACAAAGCAUCAGCAACUCUCAAUCUACGGAACGAGCAUCUCCACCCUGGCAAAGAGGAAGUGUCAGAUAUUGUUACAGCGGUUCGGCGACGAGCCAGUACUCUCGUUCGUGAGACCUCGAUAUUGGUUAAUGUAUCCCCCGUGGCAGUUCUUGAUGACGAUGAUACCAACAACGUCGAUGAGUCGCAGCUCCUCAAAUGUCUAUCUCGACAGGCGGCACGGAGUCUACAUCAGUUGACCAAGGCUGGUGGGAACGCAGUGGCAGUGAACGGUGGCACUCCAGCCAUUAACGAUUGCUUGACACAACCUCAGGGCGUUGGAAUUUUGACAGGGAACCCCGUCGUCACCGUUCCCAGAGCCUUGGAUGAUGCCAGUUGGUGUAUAGGCGGCUGCGCCGCGGUACACCUGAGCCUGGUUCAAGUAGCCGACACUGUUGAAGGGACUCGAUUAGCAGUGGCUGCUCUAUACGAAGCCGUGCAAGACAACUGGAGAAAUAGCGAGGCCAUGGAGAGAGAAAACGGAUACGGUAUUCUUGCAGCGAUGUUGCGUGAUAAGCUUGGGUUCCAGUUUGGCAACUAUACUCCAGCGGGGAAGACUGCUCUUCUCAACCCCAACAUCGAAGAGCAGGGUAUGCUGUCGCUUGAACUGCUGCGUCUGACGCUUGGAUUUGUGGGAUACAACUUUGAGCAUCCAAAUCGUUCAAUCAUCACAAACCCGCUGGCGUACCGGGUUCUGCUUAUUGAUAUGGAUGUUUGGCGAUUUGGAGAACCCCCGGUUGUUGAUCUCUAUUACGCGCAGUUUCGCACGUUUGUGUCCGAGAGUAACCAUCGUAGAUUCAACUCUAGAAGGCUGAGUCGCAUGCGUGUCAACAAGAAAUUUCUCGAAACCUUGAAAGGAGGAGACUUGACUCAAGAAUCGCUCAAACCAUGUUUGGCCACUCUACGUGUCUUGAUGGACAGCAGUCUGUCUCCGGAUUUCCUUCGCUCGCUUGCCCUCUCAAUCACAUACUCCCUGCACAAGCCGACGCCAGCUGCCAACCUUCAGAGGAAAAAGAGCCUUCGAUUUGCAGCAGCGUCCCCACGACCAGCCUCAUCAAAAUCCGACAAAUACACGCCUGGUCCCACGUUGGGACUGGAGAUGCUGCGCAUCUAUGCUUCCGUGCUGUGCAACCCUCAUGACCUGGUUCCGUUGAGGAAAUUUGCGAAAGCCGUUACGAAUAAGUGGCUCUUGUAUCUGUUGUCCGAGGAUGAACCCGAAGUCGUGGUGUUGGCUGCUCGAAUCCUUGCUCGAUUACUGGUUAUCCAUGGUGGCAGCUACAGCAAGAAGUUCACAGAUAGAAACGGUGGCUACAUCACCAUGGAACAUGCCUUCAAAAGGUGGUGGAAUAUUCCAGCUCUGUGGCCCAUCUGCUUUUCCAUAUUCUUUGGUCAGGACAUUGGUCUGAUGAAUCUUGAAAGACCAUUUGAUCAGUCGGGCCUACUCAAUCUUUUCUUCCUGAAUGGGGAGAUAAAGGUUCAAUUUCCGGAUAUGUUGUCCACCAUCGUGGAAAUGGUUAAGAGUGGUCUCAGAAGCAUUACCCAAGAGAAUGAUCCAAACGAGGAUGAGCAAGAGUCUCUGCAAUCGCGCACAGAUUGCCAAGACAAUCCCACAAUGGAUUCCAUCAAUUUAACCGGAAUCCAUCCGUCCAAGCGUGUCAUUCACGGCUCCAAUAUUCUAACCUCUGUGGUGCAAUUUCUUGCUGAGGCACGCAAAAGGUCUCAGAAUUUCCGGGAUUUCACCGUGCAAUCCAAUUAUGUGCAAGAACUGCUCUCAGUGCUGUAUCCAGUCGUUGUGGGCGUGGACGCUGUCGGCGCUGAUGCAGAACUCAAUUCACGAUAUGGCGGACUCAACUUCGACGAUAACAGCCUUGUCAUGCGGCCACGUUCCAGCGGCGCCAGUGUAUCUAGCCUGCACCCUUCGACAGUCGAGCAAGCCGAAAGCCCAGGUGAGAGCACUGGCUCUUUGCAAGGUCGCUCGUCAUUCAUUUUCAUCUCCUCCGACAAAGCCAAGUCACAAUCCUCUACCGCGCGCAUUCGCCGCGUAGUGAACCCUCGCUUUGUUGCCAAUGAGCCGGCUGCGAACCAUCCUCUUGUCAAAUCCGUCGCCGACCUAGUGCUCACUGUCUUCGAAGAUCAGAUUCUCGAACGCAAGGACUUUUCGGGUCUUGGACUGUAUUGGAAGACCCCCCCUGGCUUCCUCGACCAUCAGGCAUUUUUCAAUUCUUGGGUCUUCAACAAAUUAUUGUCGACAGUCCAGGAUAUUCCUACCUCUCUGCCUCGCCUGCUUCAUGAACCGCGUACCCUCAUCAACCUCUCGCGCUUUGCAACACACUUGGCUGAGGCGGUCUAUGAAGGGUGGUUCGUCAACGGCGCUGCCUCAACCCUUGAAUGUCUGGGCACCAUUCUCGAGUACCUUCAGCGCCCUGAUAUUUCUCAUCUGAAAAGCAUUCGGCUGUGCAGUCAGGCCGUUGCAACCAUACACUCGACACUCUACAAAGUAGUUUUGUUUCAGUUGUCGGAAGCAGCUGAUGAUGACGUGCUACCUCUGCUGAACCGCUUGAAUUACUGGCAGGUAGUGCUGCUUUCUGCUGCCGAAACACAGUCGAAGCAUUUGCAAUUGUUCUGCUAUCUCCUGUAUAGCAGUUUGAUCAGCGACAAGGAGGAUAUCCGUCUGUCUGCCGCGAGACUUUGGCGUAUAAUUCUCGUACAGAGACCCGAUGAAAUCACGAAUCUGCUGAGCCACGGACCUCCCAGUCUGCAAAAUCGACUUUCCGAUGGUUUUGAUGCGCUUUCAGGGAUGGAAGAUGAGGCGUUCAUACAGUGGAUCGAUGACCAGCGGGACGAUCUCGAUGCUUUGUUCUUUGGCAUUCUAUCUCGGUUGUGGGAGACAUUCGUUCAGGAGGAAAAAGCAGCCAGCGAGGACUCCGCAAAGCAUCGCUUCUCAAAGCGCAAAGAGAAGCUCAAGCAGUGGGCCCAUCUCGAGAAGUUCCAUGAGGACAUAAUUCGGAAGCAUUUUGCCACCCUGCCCCAUUGGAUCUCAAACAUAUCGGCGUCCGAGUUCAUGAAGUCCCAGCGAGCGCUACAAGAUCUUCAAGAUAACACCGUGUUCAUGUGGUCAGCCCUGUCCAAUCUCUUGCUGAAUCUGCGACGACCCGGUGGUCUCCUUGCUGAAGAGAAGGAACGGAAAUGGAGACUUGAUCAAACCGAAGGCCGCAGUCGCAUGCGGCUGCGUCUUGUUCCGGACGAGUCGGGCGAGCGACAAGAUUACCAGCCCAAGCGCAAGGCAUCCGAACCAUCCUCACUCAAAAUCGAUACCCGGUUGCGUGCACAGUCCGACGGGGGACAGACUAUCUCCACACCGACUGUGCUGACUGCUGAGCCUGCCGAGAAUGACCCCCAGGAUGGCGGCACCGAAAGUCCUAACAUGCUUGAGGAUAACUUCGAGAUGGUUGAGGAUCCCAAGCUUGAAAUCGAGGAGUACGAAGAUAAGAAUAGGAAGGUGAUGCGAUCUCUCCAUCGCGGUGACCAGGUCCAGAACGUCUGUAACAUGUCUCGAAUCAUCGGCCUGGAAGCCAUAGAGGGUCUCUUGAUUCUCGGAAAGGACUGCGUCUAUAUCUUAGACAAUUUCUUCCAAAGAGCCGAUGGCGAGAUCGUCGACGUAUGGCAGGCACCUGCCGAAGAGCGCGAUCCGUAUGUACGGAUGAUUGCUGGACGCGAAUCCCAUGACCGUCGCUCUCAAGAGCACGAAACAAGGAGCUGGAAAUGGUCGGACUUGGUCAGUGCAUCGAAACGCCGGUUCUUGUUUCGCGACGUGGGUUUGGAGAUCUUCUUCACAGACGGCACCAGCUACCUGUUGACCCUCUUCUCACCGAAGGCACGAGAUGACCUAUGUAAUCAGCUCGGACACAAAGCUCCGCAGGUCACGGGAAGCACGGGACAUUCCAGACCAGAAGAUAUCUCUCGAUUUGAAACGCUGCGCAGCCAAGAAGACGCGCCACAGUCACUGGGAUCCAAAUUCGCCAGCGUGUUUGGCCAUCUACCGGCCAAUCCAGCAACUCGAAAAUGGGUUCGGGGAGAGAUUUCCAACUUCCAUUAUCUCAUGUUGCUCAAUACGCUUGCCGGUCGGACAUUCAACGACUUGACCCAAUAUCCUGUUUUCCCGUGGGUUCUGGCAGACUACACGAGUGAAGAACUCGACCUCACCAACCCCAGAACCUUCCGAGAUCUCUCUAAACCAAUGGGUUGUCAGACUCUGGAGCGCGAAGCUGGCUUCCGAGAGCGAUACAACGCCUUCGCCGAAAUGGGUGAUAGCAAUUCCCCGCCAUUCCAUUAUGGGACCCAUUACUCGUCGGCCAUGAUCGUCAGCUCAUACCUCAUCCGUCUUCAGCCUUUCGUCAAGUCGUACCUCCUCCUUCAAGGCGGAACGUUUGACCACGCGGAUCGUCUUUUCUACUCUAUCCGCAAGGCGUGGGAGUCUGCAUCACGGGGAAACAUGUCCGAUGUGCGAGAGUUGACCCCGGAAUUUUUCUAUCUCCCCGAGUUCCUGGUGAACUCCAACAAAUACGACUUCGGCCUACUGCAAAACAUGACCACAGCCAUCGACUCGGUCGAGCUGCCCCCAUGGGCCAAGGGCGAUCCGAAGAUCUUCAUCGCCAAGCACCGCGAGGCGCUCGAGAGCCCAUACGUAUCGGAGAACCUCCACCACUGGAUCGACCUGGUCUUUGGCAGCAAGCAGAAAGGCGACGCUGCCGUCGAGGCCGUCAACGUCUUCCAUCAUCUUUCUUACAAGGGGGCCAAGGACCUGGAUGCCAUUGAUGAUCCUAUGGAGAGACUAGCUACCAUCGGCAUUAUCCAUAAUUUCGGUCAGACACCACACCAGAUCUUUCAGCGGCCUCAUCCGCAGCGCGAGGAUCAGCGGUACCGCGUGCCACGUUUGGAUGCUCUGGCGGAAUCGUUGACCCAGAUGCCGUUGUCUCUGGUUGAUAUUGAAGAACGAGUCGCCACCUUGUCAAUGAAGCAAGAUCGCCUGUUAUGUACUGCCGCUCUCCGGCUGAAUGUCCCACCCACCUACGAUCAGUAUAUGGAAUGGGGCUUCUUUGACGGCAGUGUCCGGUUCUAUGCUACAGAUAGCCGCAAGCUUCUGGGCCAUUUUGAACAUCUUCACGUCGGCCAGCUUUCUUAUGCCCACUUCGCCGAUUCUCGAACUCUCGUCACUUGUGGCACGGACUGUACAAUUUCCCUGUGGGCGGUCACUACCACCUCCAAGUCUGUCGACCUGCAGCCUAUCGGGUCGCUAUUUGGCCAUCGGGCCCCGGUUACCGUGCUGGCUGUCUCCCGCUCGUUCAGCGCAUUGCUCUCCGCAUCCGCGGACGGGCAGAUCAUGCUCUGGGAUCUAAAUCGCCGAUCAUUCGUCCGAGCACUUCCAGCCCAUGGGCCAGUGGAUUGUGCCCGAAUCAACGAUGUGACGGGGGACAUCAUAGUCUCCCGCGGCGGCAGAAUCACUCUGUAUACACUGAACGGCACGAUCCUCGUCGACCAGCCUGUUUGCGAAUCCAGCGAGGACCGCGUCCUCUCCUGUGUCUUCUACGAGGGCGCGAACAACGAGUGGCUGGAGCGCGAGCUCAUCCUGACUGGCCACACGCGCGGCGUGGUCAACAUCUGGGCCAAGGCCAUCCGCGGUGGCCGGUGCGAACUCGAGCUGAUCCGCCAGUUGCACCAUACUGACAGCAGCCGCGACAAUGGGGCCAAUAUCUCCGCGGGGAUCACCUGCAUUCUGGCGCUGGCGCAUGUGGUGUAUACGGGAGACGAGGCUGGUCGGGUAGUGAGUUUUUCACCCUGCAUUCUAAUUGAUCCUUGUAUAACAUGGGCUCUGGGCUGA